AUGAUUGACUACUUCUCUGUGUUCACCACCGGCGGUAUCGUGCUCUGGCAGAAGUGCUACCAGCCGGUGUCGGCCAACAUCCUCGACUCGCUCGUCGCUGAUAUUUUUAUCGAGGACCGACGCGGCAAGGCUGGCUCGGACAGCUCGAUGACGAAGGACAGGUACACCGUCAAAUGGACCUCGUCAAACGACUUUGGUAUUAUUAUCGUGGCGGUCUACCAGUCAUUGUUGCAGAUUACCUUCAUCGAUGAGCUUCUAGCCAGUGUCAAAAAGCUCUUCACGACCCUCUACGCCGACGAGUUGAAAGCUAAGGACUCGGAUCAUUUGCCAGUCUGCCACUUUGGAGAUUAUUUCGACGUUCGGUAUGCCGAAUUAGAGAAAUCAACUGCCGGGCGCAAGCCAGUUUCUGCCGUGGCCGCAGCCGCUGCCGCUGCUGACGACGCUGAAGAAGAUAGUGAAGAUGCUGGACUGAAGAGCGAAGACUUGGAAAAAGAUGAGCUUGAACCUGCGCGCAAUGGGGCGGGUAGCAAAUCACCCAAGCCGCUCAAACUGUCUGGAUUGGCCAAGCGCGGCGGUCGUCGGGGCGGACGCGGUGGCAGUAAAUCCGCUAGUCCUAUGAGUCGGGAGUCUUCUAAUGGCGACGACUCGUCAAAGAAAAGCGCAAAGAAGAAACUGCGAAAGUGGGAUGCCGACGGUACUGCGCGCGAUGUUUCGGACGACGAAGGACCGUUGGAUUUCUCGGCUAGCAAGAAGGCGAAUGGCAGUGCACCGGAUGAUGACUCGGCCGUUAACAGUCAAUUACUCGAAGAUGCUGAUGUUUCGAAGUGGGGAUCUAAAACAAAGUCUGGUGAUUUUGUUUUGAAAGAUCUGUCCAGUGAAAUCAACUCGAUCUUGGCUUCCUCCGAUGAGAAGUCCGACAACUCAUCUGGAUCUGUUCUUUCUUCCGGUUUUGGCUAUUUCCGCAACAUCAUCGGCAGCAAGGUUUUAUCUGAGGCUGACAUGGAGAAUGCGCUUAACGGGAUGAAGGAUCAUCUGAUGAAGAAAAACGUGGCGCCGGAGGUUGCUCAGCAUUUGUGUGAUGUUGUCCGAAAGAGUCUUGUUGGUACGAAAACUGGGAGCUGGACAUCGAUCGAGAAGACGGUCCGCGUUGCGAUGGAAGAUGCGCUUCGUAAGAUUUUGACUCCGUCUACCUCGGUCGAUCUACUCCAUGAGAUUCAAAGAGUCAAAUCAGGGUCCUCAGCGCGGCCGUAUGUCAUCUCUGUCGUUGGUGUGAACGGUGUCGGCAAAUCUACAAAUUUGUCCAAGAUUGCCUACUGGUUACUUCAAAACGACAUGAAGCUUCUUAUUGCUGCCUGUGAUACCUUCAGAUCCGGUGCGGUCGAGCAACUUCGCGUCCACGCCCGCAAUCUCAAGAAGCUGACCGAGCGAGAAGGUGGCAAGAUUGAGCUUUUCGAGAAAGGCUACGGAAAAGAUGCGGCGGUGAUUGCUCGGGACGCUAUUGCGUACGGAAACGAGCAAGGCUAUGACGUUGUCUUGAUUGAUACCGCCGGUCGUCGCCAUAACGACACACGUUUGAUGUCGUCGCUGGAAAAGUUCGCCAAAUAUGCCAAUCCUGAUAAGAUCGUCAUGGUGGGCGAGGCACUCGUCGGCACUGACUCGGUGCAGCAGGCUCGGAACUUCAACGCUGCCUUCGGUCCUAACCGGAACCUCGAUUUUUUCCUGAUCAGCAAAUGCGAUACGGUGGGCGAUAUGAUUGGAAGUAUGGUCAAUAUGACGUAUUCUACUGGAAUUCCGGUGCUGUUUGUGGGCACUGGCCAGAUGUAUACUGAUUUGCGUACCCUGUCUGUUCCGUGGGCGGUUAACAUGCUUAUGUCGUGA